AUGGCUUCAUCAGACACACCCGAACUUGAAGAUCUUCCAUUUUAUCAAUUAUUAACAUCGAAUUUUAAUGAUUUAUAUCUAAAAGCUCAGGAAGCAUGUUCAAUAAUUGUUAUACCACAACAUCUAUUAAAUAAUUCUACGUUAACACGUGACAUAUUUGAAUCACAUCUAUUUCGUCCUUCGCCAUGUUAUCUACGUAAACAUGUGUCAUGGAAUGACAAAUAUGAAAUUGAGUUUGAUAAUAAUCGCACUAUACGAUUUUUUUAUAAAAAAGGAGGUGCAGGUGAAAAACAUGUGAAAAUUUUAAGUCAAGAAGAUGUUCGUGAUAGUAUUCGAAAACGUUCUUAUAGUAUAUUAAUUAUCGAACAACCAUUAAUUGAUAUUAAUGGAAUAAAAACUUCACAGAAUGGUUCAUUAGGAAAAACAAUAAACAAACCUUUUACACCACCGGCACCUAAAUUUAAUGGAGCAACAGCAAGUUAUGAAGCAUCAUUUAUGUUUCUUGAUUCCGUACGUCAAAUCGAACCAGCAUUUGCACGAUUACGUACAGCAUUAUUUUUAUUUAAUGAAACAUAUGUUAUAUUACCGAAAUAUGUUGAAAAUGCUCUUGAUAAACUUCGUCAAUUAAGAUCACAAUUUCUUCAAGAAUCAUAUCAAUUAUUAAAUAAAAAUUGUGAAGAUCGUGAUAUUGAAUUAGCAAGUGAAAUUUAUAUAACUGGUAAUACAUAUACAAAAGUUUGGCCAAUUAUUAUUCAACAUAAUGAAAAUAAAGAUCAAAUAUUAGUUGAAAAUAUACAAAAACGUCAAAAAAAAGAACAACAAAAUUCUAAUCAAACUAAUUUAAAAAUAAAUCAAAAUGCAUUAAAUGAAUUAAAAAAACUUGAUGAUCUUAAAUCAGCAUAUGAAAAAGCUAAAUGUAUUCGUUCAGCACUUGAUUUAACAAUGGCAGCUAAAACAUUGAUGGUUGUUGAUCCAAAAAAUUCUGCUGUUUCAUAUCGUUCAUCAUCAAAUGCAAUGCCAAUGGCAGCUGAUGAAACAUUAACUGCAUUUAUUGAUCUCAUAUGUGAAUUAAUAUCAACAUCAGAAAUAAAUACGAGUAUUUGUUUAGUUGCACAUGAAUAUUAUACAGAAAAAUUUCGAUUUUCUUCUCUUCCACAAGAUAUUGAUUAUGCAUUUACAACUUAUCGAGGUGUUAUUGAAUAUUUAAUAAAUAGUUCUUCUUGGUUUUAA